AUGACAAUGGAAAAGAUCAAAAGCGUUAAUCAGGAUAGUAGCAAAAAUGAGGUUGGUAGUGCGGGAGGUGGUAAGGAUGACGGCGGCUUGCCCUUUGUACAAUGUGUUGCAAGAGCUCGCAUCCCCACCACACAGGGUCCGGAUAUCUUUUUACAUCUAUACAGCAAUAAUCGUGACAACAAGGAACAUUUGGCGAUUGUGUUUGGUGAAGACAUACGGUCGCGCUCGCUAUUCCGUAGAAGACUGUACGAGACGCAGCAAGAUAGAAUGAUCAGGGGUGCCUAUAUCGGCAAGUUAUACCCUGGAAGGACGGUGGCAGAUGAGGACGACAGACUCGGUUUGGCGCUGGAGUUUGAUGAUAUUACAGGUGAGCUAUUAGCUUCGAAGGCUACGACAUGGGACUUCCACAACCGCACGUUGGUGCGGAUACAUUCUGAGUGUUACACCGGUGAGAACGCCUGGAGUGCACGUUGUGAUUGUGGUGAGCAAUUUGACAGGGCCGGCAGACUUAUUGCAUGUGAUCACGAGCCCACAAGCAACAUCCAGGGUGGCAGCGGCCAUGGUGUUAUCGUAUAUCUAAGACAAGAGGGUCGUGGCAUCGGGUUGGGUGAGAAGCUCAAGGCAUACAACCUGCAAGAUUUGGGUGCUGAUACUGUACAGGCGAAUUUAAUGCUGAAACAUCCUGUGGAUGCUAGGGACUUCUCGCUGGGCAAGGCCAUUUUGCUGGACCUGGGCAUUGGCAACGUCAGGCUGCUGACAAAUAAUCCGGAAAAAAUAAAACAGGUAGAUCACGCGCCUCUUCUGAAGUGUGUCGAACGAGUGCCCAUGGUACCUAUCCACUGGACGAACUCCAGCGAAGGUAUAGACUCCAAGGAAAUAGAGGGUUAUCUCAGGACCAAGAUAGAAAGGAUGGGCCAUCUACUCACGGAACCUUUGAAACUACAUACUAAUCCUCAAUCUACCGAGUCAGAUAAAACCCAGAAGGAAAACAACAUGAACUCUGCGCUGUCAUCAACAUCCACGCUGGCAAUAUAA